AAGGAUCUAUAAAGAAACAAUCAUUUUAACUUGGAAUUUAAAAUGUAUCAGAUUGAAUCACUUUUAAUGAAUUUGUGAAUAUUGUAAAUUUAUUGUAAAUAAACAUUUUAAUAGCUUCUUGAGUUUUCGCAUAUCGGCCACUCUUAGGCCGUGUCCAUCUCUCUUGCCCACACGAACGCGCACGCCUUUCAACAGCACGCGCACACGCCGAACAGUCACGUGACACCACAAUUCAAGAUGGAGACGGUCCGAUUCGGAAGCUUCGUAGUUGUAGCCAGUUAGCUUGUUUACUUUAAGUCACAAUGUGGCGAAUGCGACUAAACCGCAGGCACUUAUGAGACAAAAUAUGACCAGGAUGAGGUUAAACUGCUAGAAAAUACCGGCCACACGAACACUAUCGAAGAUAAAAAGUAAGAAAUAUCAGCUGCUCAUGGUAAUCAUCAAAACAAACCGACAGACAGACAGGAAGAACUCGAUAUGGCACUAAGGGAGUUGAAAGUUUGUCUUUUAGGGGACACUGGUGUUGGGAAGUCGAGUAUUGUGUGGAGAUUUGUGGAGGACAGCUUUGACCCAAAUAUUAACCCUACUAUUGGGGCGUCUUUUAUGACCAAGACAGUGCAAUACCAAAAUGAACUCCACAAGUUUCUGAUCUGGGACACAGCAGGACAGGAGCGGUUUCGUGCUCUGGCACCGAUGUACUACAGAGGUUCUGCAGCAGCAAUCAUUGUUUAUGACAUCACAAAAGAGGAUACAUUUCAAACUCUGAAGAACUGGGUGAAGGAGCUGAGGCAACACGGUCCUCCCAACAUAGUGGUCGCCAUCGCUGGGAACAAAUGUGAUCUGUCUGAUGCUAGGGAAGUGCUAGAAAAAGAUGCCAAGGACUACGCCGACUCCAUUCAUGCCAUCUUUGUAGAAACCAGUGCCAAGAACGCCAUUAACAUCAACGAGGUGUUUAUAGAAAUAAGUAGACGCAUUCCUGUUGUCGACACAGCAGGAGCAGCUUCAGGAAAAGCGUUCAAACUCGGGCGUCAGCCCUCGGAGUCUCGCAGGGUGUGCUGCUGAUGAUGACGGUGACUGUCCGCACUUGACCUAUGACCUGAUCAUCGCUCGACCCCCUUGUCUGGAUCUGACUCAUUCAAGGGCUCUCUGUGUCCUGAAGCCCCACCAUUAUUGUCGUCUGGAGGCUGCAGGAGACC